AUGUCCUUAGAAGGAGCUGAGAAAUAUAAAAACUGGAACAAAGAGGAAUUGAUUGCAAAGAUAUUAAGCUAUGAAAAUCAGCAAAAAGAAAUAAACUUUAUCAGCAAAAAUUCAACAGAAUUGCAGUCAACUGCCGACAAAAAUAUCACGUCGGUCACAGAAACGAAACGUAAAAAAGAUAGGAAGAAAGAAGUUCGACCUUUUGAUAUUACUAAAUAUUCUCAGCGUCACAUCGCUUUGAAAGUAACAUAUUUAGGCUUUAAUUAUCUUGGUUUCGCUGCGCAAAACGACGACUUGAGUUUACAAACUGUCGAGGGACAACUGUUUGAGGUUCUCAAGGCAACUAGACUAAUAUCUAGUCCAAAAGAAUGUAAUUUCUCACGUUGUGGUAGAACUGAUAAAGGAGUAAGUGGAAUGGGACAAGUUGUUGCAUUAGAUGUGCGUUCAAAUAUUUCAUUAUUGACUGAAGACGAUAAAGAUAUUAAACCCUUAGAGAACCAAGAGGGUUCACAAAAAGGGAAUCGGUCCAAAAGGAAAAGAAAAGAAGUAAUAGAGGAAUUACCUUACAUAGAAACAUUGAAUCGCGCACUUCCCGACGAUAUUCGUGUAGUAGCUUGGGCUCCUGUUCCUUCAACUUUUAAUGCAAGAUUUGAUUGUAAAUCGCGUGAAUAUAAAUAUUAUUUUGCUAAAGAGAAUUUGAAUAUUGAUCUUAUGAGAGAGGCAGCCAAUAAAUUUCUUGGACAACAUGAUUUCCGUAAUUUCUGUAAAAUUGAUCCAGCCAAACAAAUCACGAAUUUCGAAAGAACUAUACUCGAUAUCACUAUUCAGCCAGUUAUUCAACAAGAACAAAAUUCUUUACCAAAGAAUCAACAAUCAGAAAUGCGAGACUUUUAUGAAGUUAGUAUACGCGGGACAGCGUUUCUAUGGCAUCAAGUUCGCUGCAUGAUGGCAGUCCUUUUUUUGGUGGGACAACAAUUGGAAAAGCCGUCAAUUAUUGAUGAAUUACUUGAUGUGGGAAAAUAUCCGGCAAAGCCCGUGUAUGAGAUGGCAAAUGAUGUACCUUUAGUCUUGUACGACUGCCAAUUUAAGCAAAACAUCGAAUGGAAAUAUUCUCGAGAUGAUGACUUGGAAUUCAAAAUGCCAUCAAGAUUAUUCAAGCAUUUUUACGAGCAAUGGUGUAAUCAAAGAAUAAAAUCGCUAAUAAUUGAAAAUUUUCUUAACUAUAUCGGAAAACUAAGUCUUAAACAGUUAUCCGUUUUAGAAAAUCAAAAUCAAUUAAUCAUAGAUAAUAAUACUAUGAAAUUAGAAGAGUAUAUUUCUUUGGAUUCUAAUAAAUCAACUAGUAUAACACUUGGUGGAGGAAAGAAAAUGCAAUCACGUAAAUAUAUUAAAUUUGAUCAAAGAGAGAAGUGUGACUCAGUCGAGCACAAAAACUCUAAAUAUAAAUCAAAAAAAGCACGAAUUGAAUAA